UGUGGUUCUCUACAGAAACAUUCAGACACAUUGCUGAAAUGCUCAGGUUCCUUGUGUUGACAAGUCUCGCAGCCUUGGUGCUGGCUGAGCUGGAACCCCAGCCCAGGUACCUGGAGGACAGCCUUGAAAGGGUUGUGGGAGGUGAGGUAGCCAGACCCAACUCCUGGCCCUGGCAGAUCUCUCUUCAGUACAAAUCUGGCAGCUCAUACCACCACACAUGUGGAGGAACCCUGAUUGAGAGGGACUGGGUUAUGACUGCAGCUCACUGUGUGGACAGAAGCAGGACAUGGCGUGUCGUGAUUGGUGAACAUGAACUCUACAGCGACGAUGGCAGAGAGCAGAUCAAAAGCGUCAGCAAUGUUUACAUCCAUCCCAGAUGGAACUCCAACUCUGUGGCUGGCGGGUUUGACAUUGCCCUUCUGCGUCUGUCUACUGCUGCCACCCUGAACUCCUACGUCCAGCUUGGCUCUCUGCCUCCCACUGGCCAGAUUCUGCCUCAUAACAACCUCUGCUACGUCACUGGAUGGGGACUCACCUCCACUGGUGGUAGCCUGUCCAGGCAGCUCAAACAGGCCUAUCUUCCUCUGGUUGACCACAAGACCUGCUCCAGCUCUGGCUGGUGGGGUAGCACUAUCAAAACCAGCAUGGUGUGUGGUGGUGGUGGUGCUGAGUCUGGAUGCAAUGGCGACUCUGGCGGUCCUCUGAACUGUCAGGUUAAUGGAAGAUACUAUGUCCAUGGUAUUGCCAGCUUUGUCUCUGGUUGGGGAUGCAAUUAUCCCCAGAAGCCCACCGUCUUCACCCGCGUUUCUGCCUACAUCGAAUGGAUGGACUCGGUUAGUAUGAAGGACAUGUACACUUAA